ACAUGUCCAAACAAACUCGCCAGUGUUCGUACUUUAAUUUCAUCCCCAUCGAUCUGUGUGCAGCAUUGCACUGAGUAAACCAAGUAUUGGACAAUAUUUAGAACCACACUAGCAUGUUUAUCGGUUCACUUUAGAGACUUUAGGUCGCGGUAACUUUUUGCGUUGAUAUUGAAAAUUGUUACGUUGAAUGUUUGACUGUAGUGUCAGUCUGCGUCAGGAUCAAUGGCGUACUGUAAGUGGAUAUCAGCCUGUUCAGACGUCGUCUUAUCUGCAACUGCGCUGUAUUCCUCUUAUAAACUAUUUAAGGUAGGUCCAAUUUAUAAUAAUACAUUUAAAACUGGUAACUAUACAUAAUUUACUUAUUGAACUUAACUUUAGGAGCAGAAUCCACACAAUCGAAAACGUUUUGUGAAACCAAUAAGUUAUUUAUUGCGCAUAGAUGACUAAUACCCUUCACAUCAUAGUGAUAAAAAGAGGAUGCUGUGCAACUUUGUGUUCGUGAUGUUAAUCAGUUAUCUUUGACUGUUCAAGUGUUGGUUCGACACAACCAACAAUUUUACCAUGUCUAUGAGAAACCUUGAUAAACAUUUUGAGAUUUGCUUCUAUUUUGCUGAAGCAUCAAGAAAAUAUUUGGGGAUGUAACUUUUAAUUAAACCAAUCAGGUACAGCUCUAUAACUUAAUUUACAAAGCAUUUUUUACUUCUCAGUUUUCAAUUCGUUUAUUCCAUAGUUUUGGAGAUAAUUUGCCCUGAAUAUUGUACAUAUUUUUGAAUAUUUCCUAACUAUUUUUUUCUCAGCUGUAAAGGCAGAUAAUGAGUAGACAUGUUAUACAGUGCCUUGAAAAAGUAUUGAUACCCCUGAACUUUUUCACAUUGUGUCACUUUAAACCAUAAACUUAAAAGUAUUUUAUUGAGAUUUUUUUUGUCAUACACCAACACAAAGUAGCUCAUAAUUGUAAAGUGAAAUAAAAAUGAUACAUGGUUUUCAAAAAUUUAAACAAAUAAAAAUCUGAAAAGUGUGGUGUGCAUUUGUAUCCAUAGGAUACAUUUUGGAUUAUAUAUAUUUUGGGAUAUUUUGGAUGUUUUUUAUAACCUAACUCUGCUUUAAACUUCUCCACAACUUUUUCCCUGACCUGUCUGGUGAGUUCUUUGGUCUUCAUGAUGCUCUUUGUUGACUAGUGUUCUCUAACAAAGCACUGAGGCCUUCCCAGAGCAGUUGUAGUUAUACUGAUACUCAAUUACACACAGGUGGACUCUAUUAACUAAUUAGGUGACUUCUGAAGACAAUUGAUUGCACUAAAUUUAUUUAGGGGUAUCAGAGUACAGGGGGCUGAAUACAAAUACACACCACACUUUUCAGAUUUGUUUACACUUUUGAAAACCAUGUAUAAUUUUUAUUCCACUUCACAAUUAUGUGCUACUUUGUGUUGGUCUAUGACAAAUUUUUUAUCGAUAAAAUACUUUUAAGUUUGUGAAAAAGUGCAAGGGGUAUGAAUACUUUUUCAAGGCACUGUAUUUCUCAUUUACUGCCUCUGCUUUCUUAUUCCCUGCAGCAUCAUAGAGCUCCAUCAGUAGGACUCUUCCUGCUUGGACUCUCUGCUGCACUGUGCCUCUUGCAACCUUCCAGCACCUACCUCACCUCCGUCCAGAGUGAAGCAGAGUGGGCAAGCAAGAUCCUCGCUCCAGCGCUAGUCUCCUUCGACUUCCUGUGGCUCAGUGAGGACCGUAACACAGCACAUGUUCUCCUGUGUGGCUCCUGUGGGCUGCUGGGACUGUGUGACUGGCUCUCAGCUGAUGCUCUCACAGUGAUGACACGCUGCCUGGGCCUGUCCUCCCUGUCCUGCUGCUUGACUGUGUGUCUUUUUGCUGGUAACGCUUUAGGGGCCCUGGGUAGUGUGGCUCUUAGCCUCCCAUUGCUGGUGGCUCCACCAAGCAGAACAAACACUUUUGCUCCUCUUAUUUCUCUGGCUGCCACUGAUGGACUCCUAACGUGGAUUUUGAAAGGUUUCAUGUCGUUUGGCUGUUGGGCUUCCACACAGGCCCUGCACACAUUUCUGUUGGAUGUCACUGAACAAUAUAACAUUAACAUUCAUUAGGGAACUCGAUGAUAUGUUGUUGUUCAUGGAUUAACUGACUGACAAGCACUUCCAGGUGAUAAUGUCUGCCUAACAAAAAGCCAUUGUAAGGUUUUGGUGAAGGUUCAAUUUGACCUCAAUGAACUUCAUAACAAAUGAGGUUAAGAGCUGACCUCACUACAAAGAACUGACAAGACAGUUUUUAACACUACACAGAAAAACCUCAUAAUUUAGAAAAAGUAUUUAACUUAUGCUAUUUGAGUUUCAAAGAGUGCAGGGUGCACGUAGCUGAUUGAUUCACAGUCACAAAAAAGAGAUAGCAUUUCAAUUGUUGAUUCAUCAAAUAAUUUUUAUUUUUUAGCAAAAGAAAAAAAACAACAAUUUAGCUGGUUCAGUCUCUCAAUAAGGAGGGAAUUAGGAAAUCUGAACCUUUACAUUUAAAUAAAUAAAAUGAAUAAGACUUAUUUUGACCAAACUAACACUACAGUGAAACAAUGUUAUGCUAUGGGAAACUACAUGCAUUUUUCAAAGCUAUUGUUACUUGCAUUUUUAAGCUAUGUAAAUACAUAACAUCACACAGACCUCAAUGUUACUCCUGAUCCAAAUGACUUAAUAACUGAAUGAAAAAAAAAAAGCAGAAACACAGAAAAUUCUAGAAAGAGGGACUAAAUAAAGCAGUCUUAUUGACAAACUGAACAAUUAACUGGCAUUAACAGCGUAAGCUAAAGUUUGACCUAUAACACUUAAAUAAUAGUAUUUUGAGUUAAAAGAGACAAAAAGAGACAAAUUUUACAGAUUAAAAUAAAUUAUUAAUAAACCUUUUUUAAAAUAUCAGAUGAAAAAAAUGCUCCAAAAUGAACAUGCUUUUGUGUAGAGAUUCACAAGAACACAAUAUGACUAUUGUGUUUUUAUUUGUUUGUUAUAGUGAAUCAUUAAACCUUUAUUAAACUUUUCUGAUUUGAUAUUAGAAAGAAUCACAGAAAGAGACAAAACAUCUCCAGGCAUCACUAACAUUAUAGAGUACAAAGUGGCAUCUGCUUCACCCAAGUUCUCAUCUAUCUAUUAUCAUAAUACACUACAAGUGUCUGAUUCAUGUUAAUAAGCUCGUCAUAAUAACUAAGAUGUAACCAGCACAUGGACUCUCCUGUUUCUUUUGUGAUUACUUCUAAAAUGUCAGGCCGGCUGCACUCUCUCUCAGGUCAUUGACAUUCUCCUCACAUCACUCUGCUCACAGUUUUGAUGUUGCAGAAUCCAGCAAUCACACACCUGCUUCAGAUCCCUGGGUUCUGUUUAUAUUGCAGCCGCAGCAGUAUCACGGUUAAAAUAUCUGCAGUGGUCUGAGUUAUUAGCCCUGCUCUAACCUUUCACUGCCCAUUUCAUACUUAUGAAUGCACUUUUCAAAACAACUACCUUGAUUUUUCGUGCCUCCAGUGAAAACAGAAAUGACUUUAUCUGUUUAAAUCACUGACAUGUCAAUAAGUUCUCUGUGGUUAUGUUUGCCGAUGGUGUUUCCCUCCAUAGAUUGUUACAUUCACAGUGGACACUGCAGUUUCUCUCUCAGGAUUUGGGGGUGUUAGGCAGCUGCAGCAGCAGUUUUGCUGCAGUGAUCGACCAGCAAACGCUGCAGCGAGCCUGUCUUGUGGGACAGUGCCUUUGUCAGAGCUCAGGACACACAGGUCAGCAAGGAUGUAUUUUAUCCGACUGUUAGCUCAUUAUGCUUUUUUUCUCACAAAAUGUCUUCUGUUCAUGUCUUAUUUUGGCAACAUUGUAUUGUAAAAGUAUUUUAUUUUGUUGUUUUUGUCAAACAAAAGUGUUCACUAAAAGAGCCUCACUUGAAUCAAUUAUUUAUCAAGUUUUUUGAAAACUGUAUACUCAUGUUCUUCCACAUCUAUGCCACAUCUAGUCCUUGCACACAUGUUGAUGUCUGAGGUCAUAAAAAUACACUUUAAUAAUAUUGAAUAAAAAUGGUGCUUAAAGCCACA